AAACAGAAGCAAUCCAACUAUUUCUCUCUCUCUCUCUCUCUCUCUCUAUUUUACGCCCAAUUUUUUCUUUCUCUUUCUACAAUUUUCGUUCUUCGCUCUCGCUCAGAUCCCUAAAUCUCUCUUUUUUCUUCUUAAUCAGUCUGAUCAAUCUUUGUUCCGGCACUGAAUUUCGCUUGGGUCGAAUUUUUCCAUUGCAUUAUUCGGUGAAAUUUCUGACUUCUGUGGUGUUUUUUUUUUUUUUUCAUGAUCAUAAGGGAAAAUUUCCAUCAACAUGGGCCAAAGAAAUAUGCUAUGCACCAAUCAGAUUAUUGAUCUAGAAAUGGAUCAACAAGGCCAAGGUUAUCUCUAUCCCGGGCCAUCCAUCCAUUUGGGGGCCACAGCAAACUUCCCUCAGCCAAAUAUGCGCACAAUGGUCACAGCUACAAGGAACACUGCUAACUUUGAUACCCAAUAUUUGCCUGAGCGUCAUGACAAUGCAAUGUUUUAUGGGAUGACACAGUACAACACUGCUCAACAUCACCAUAAUCUUGAUUUAGGCAUGACAGCUCCAGCCAACUUUUAUUAUCCUUACAUUACGCCUUCAUCUAGUGCUGGCGUGUUACCUGUUCCUUUAAAUGCUGUUGGAAUUUCUGCAGACGAUUAUGGAAGGAAUGCUAACUUUGUGGAUGAUGUCAGAGGUCCAUGCAAAAGAAAAACUCCUGAAGGCUUUCCAGGAAAUUAUCAACAUUAUAAUGCCUCUGCAAGCCAUAAUUCGUCAAUGCUUCCUUUGAAUGCAAGGCAUCCUGAUGGGGUUGCUGUGAUGGAUGCUGCAUCUUUUUCGCUGCCUCCGUACAUAGGAACUGGAAACCCGUCAGUUAUAGAUGUAGGACCUCAGAGUGGUGUGAGGAAUAGGUUGGGUGCUUCUGGUUUGGAUUCUGUUCUGACGCAUGACCAUAAUCAUCUUAAUCAAGGAAACUACAUGAGUCAGCACUUUCAGCCAACCGGUACUCUCUGGUUAGAACAACACAUAAGCAGCAGUUCUGGUGAUCCUGGUGCUUCAGCUUGGAAUCAAGCCCCUUCUAUACCUUUUGUGCAUGGGGGAAAUGUCAGUGUAGGUUCUUUAGAGACUGCAAAUAUGGGUAUGGCAAGAUAUCAUGAAACAGCAACCGGUAGAAGUUCUCAAGGUAUGCGGCAUCCUUCUUCAGGCAACCACAGGCUUCAGAAUCAUCAUCCAUCACCGUCUAUGCAAGGACCAAGAGGCCAUAAUAUUCAUUUCCAUCCCCAAGUGGCAGCAUCUUCAUUUAGAAUUUCCUCAAAUUCAUCACGUAAUAUUAUGAAUUCAUCUCAGAAUCUUUUGGAGGUAGGUCAUAGGCAAUCAGGUACUGUUCCGCCAACUGGCUUCAGGAUAUCCCGGCCUAAUCGAGGAGUCAUUCCUGAGAACGCUUUGAGGCAUCAGAACCUUCCUCACUUGAGACUUUUCCAGGCUGAUGAGGUUGCAAUACUAGAGAUUCCAGAUCUCUAUGAAGUGGGAAAUUUCACUGACCACCACAGGGACAUGCGCUUGGAUAUAGAGGAUAUGACUUAUGAGGAACUUCUUGCACUUGGGGAGAGGAUUGGCAAUGUAAGCACUGGGUUAUCUGAGGAUGCCAUUAUCCGUCAACUAAAGUUGAGGACUUAUUUCUCAUCUUCAACCACUAUAAACUUAGAAGAGGCUGAAUGGACGGUUAAGGAAGCUGAGGCUUGCAUUAUAUGUCAGGAUGAAUAUAAAAACAUGGAGAAGAUUGGAACGCUGAAGUGCGGACACGAAUAUCAUGCAGAAUGUUUAAAGAAGUGGUUGCUAAUUAAGAAUGUGUGCCCUAUCUGCAAAUCUGAAGCAUUGGGCACAGGAAGGAAUGAUUUAUAGGAAUGGGAUCUGUGUGGGAUAAUGAAGUCAAAGAGACUCGUCCUUUUGGUUUUAAUUAAUUAUUUUGUAUAUGUACCUUGCAUAUAUGAUGAACAGUCCUGUUCAGCUCAUUUAUUUGUUGGUUUCCAAAACAUUGGUCCUGUAUCUAUCAAAGUUGUACAGAUUUCUCAUUUUGUUUAUGUGAUAUAUUAACUUUCCAGUAA